ACUGGGCAGAGAGAACAAUUUAUAGUGCAAAAAUUUUGUUUCAUAAAACAGCUACAACAGUGAUUGUAAGGGACAUAAUUUGAUGUUCAACUAAAUUUUCAAAGUUUGGACAUGAACUUUAUUGCCACCUGCUGGUGGAAUUUCCAAACUGCAAAUGCAGGAACUGAAUUUAGACUUUGCGCUGAAAAUAGACGUGGUCCUGAAACAUUUAAUUUCUCAGGAAAUAGCAAAUUGGCAACUUCAUUAACACACAAUACACCCACAGUUUGCACGCAUACACCCACAGAUAGCGCAAACACUCCCACCCACGCCCACUUGCGCUUUACACAAGCACAGAAAUGAGAUAAGGUGUUGCGCUGCACUUAGUGGGAUCACAACAAGAGAGCCCUUAAUAGAUUAUGCCGUUCUGCUUCUCAAGUAUUUUUUUUUCUUUUUUUUUUCUUGAUUUAAGGAUGUUUAGAUAUUUUUCCUGAAAAAAAAAAAGACAAACAUACUCAGUAAGACAAUGUUUUUUUUUUUUUGUUUGUUUUGUUUUUUGUUAAAUGCAUUUAAGAAAAAUGCAUGAAUCCAGUCUCAUUAAUUAUUAAAGAUGUAUGUUAUUUUAAGUAACUGGCAAAUAAUGAGCAUAGUGAAGUAUUGCAUGAUGUAAAAGUACAACAAUCUGUCCUUUGAUCUUGGGUUAGUUGACUUUAAUAGGUGGUACAUGAAGAAAGAGUCAGUGCUGGAUGACCCAGUGACGGGGUCACAGGUGAUGGGGGUGAAGAGGUCAUGCGCUUACAGGGCAGAACACAGCAGACAUUAGUGAAAGUGUGUGUGUGUGUGUGUGUGUGUGUGUGUUGUUGGAUAGUUAUGCUGGAGAGAAACAGGAGGAUCCCACACUUGGGAUCGGUUCAUUUGUUCAGAUUGGUGUGUGGGUAAAUUGGGGGAUGUUGGGUUAUUUUGGUCAGCAGCUGUCUCUCUUUAUGUACUUGCAGUGAUCCUCAAACUCUGUCUGUGUCUCUUUUCUCACCUCCUCAAUAAUUUCAAGAAUCCAGUUUCAUAAAAUUACAGCCAUGCAAUUGAUUCUCUCUACCCAAAAAUACUGAUUAAGAACAGGAUUUGUUUGUUGUUGUUUGUUUUGGUCUUGGAAGAAUUUUGAGUUCAGAUUGAGACCAUUGAUUACAAACUUGGGUAGCUUGAAAAUUGUUGAGAUCUCUUCUGAAACUCUAGGGGAGACGUGAGAUAAAUGGUGUCAUUUUCCGAUGAAAUAUCAGAGAAGCAGAAGACUUAGCAGAAGUCAAUUUGUUCUCCAUUCUCAAGAAAAACAAUUGAGACAUUAAAGAGAUCUUGUUUGUGAUAGAUCUUUCUUAUUGGUCCUCAGCAAGCAACUUGAGGCAGGUAAUCACUGAUAAAUACAGAGUGAGUUUAGCUCUCAAGCCUCCCGCAGAGAUAAAGUUUCAACAUCCCUGUAUUUUAGCUUCAGUGUUGGUCUCGUGAUGAACGAGCAGCUUUGAGUCGCAUAUAUGGUGUUGAGCGGGUGGGCAGCAGAACACUGGUUUGGUCUUUACAGAGGGUCAAUACGCUCUCCAACAUAGAGAUUUACUGCUUGAAAAGUCUGUUUAGUCAUCAAAUGUUCCUUCCCUUCAAACUGAUCUACAUAAAAACACACCUUUGCAUUUACAUGUUUAACAUUUCUUCAUUUAGCAGGUGCUUUUAUCCAAAGUGACUUGCAAGGAAUACACAAGAAAAUCACAAGUGUUGUGCAGUUUUUAAGCUAAUCAUUUAAAAAAGUUUUGAUGUAUCUUCAAAAUGGCCUAGGCUUCAAAAAAAUAUCAUAUUGCUAGUAUAUAUUUUAAAAUAUAUUUAUAUGAAUGUAUUAUGAAAAAAGUUUAUUUUUCCUCAUAUCUAUUUAUCUAUCUAUCUAUCUAUCUAUCUAUCUAUCUACCUAUCUAUAUAUAUAGCAUGUAGCAAAAAAAAAAAAAAAAAUGUCAUAACAUAUUUCUAUUAAAGUGAAUUGAGUAUGAAUCUUUAAGAAAAUUUAAUAAAAUUGAUUUUUAAAGUUUUAUUAAUUACAUUUUGUUAAAGAUUACACAAUUUUAUGUAAAUUUCUUGUGAAAUUGAAAUGUGUAAAUCGUAAAACUAGGCUUAUAAAUAUGAACAUAAAUAUUGGCUUUUCAGAAAGAAUAGUUGCUUUUCCCAGUGUGUUUCUGAUGCAUUGUCACCACACUGUAUCUACAUUUACACAUUACAUUUCUUUAAUCCAAAGUGAUUUACCUACAGUGUAUUAUGAUAUUGGAAAUGUAUUAAAUUGCCCAAGAACAUUUUUAAACAUAUCAUAAAAUUUGAAAGUUCAAACAAAAUAUAUAUAGAAAUUCCCUGGAAAUAUAUUUUUGCAAAUAUUAAGUACCAUUGACAAAAUACAUUUACAGUAUAUUAUGCCCUAAACAAUGCCUUUAGUUAUUUCUUUUGGUUAUAAUAAUAUAUAAUAAAGACACAUUAUCUUAAGCAGAUCAGUGUUCAACAGCUUAUUGUUGUGUCAUCAUGUAGACCAGACACUUGUCUGUUUCUGAGCUGAAUCAGGGUUCCUCUUUACAUUUCUUGGUUACAGCCAGCUUUGACUCAUAAAACUAAUAUUGAUAUGUUUCUUAUUAUAGUAAUAGGUUUUGAAUAUUAACUUUGCUUGAUACUGUGAUAUUGUUUGAAUGAUGCUAUUGUUUGUUUUGAAAUGUUCUCUUCUGGAGUACAGACAGUGUCCAUAUAAAUACAAACAUUUGCAUAAAGCUACAUAUGGCCAACAAACGUCCAGUAGAUGAAUGUAACUUUGAGAUGAGAAGAAACGGAGUCCUACAGUCAAGCCAGCAACACUCUCCUUGGCUUUGCCAUAUUUGUCCACAAGGCAAACCAAACUAUGGCCAAAAUUACUAGACAGAAUUCACCUCAUUCCAAAGCGUGCAAACUCUAUUUUGGCUCAGGAGCGAAUGGUGACACCCGAAGCUCUCCAUACUCCUGUUUUUCACUUUCACCAGCACUCUCUUUCCCUGCCAAACCUGAACUUUGGGCUAAAGUUAGCACACACAGCCCCAUAUAUAAGACCCCACAAGGGCACUACAAACAUGUCAGUCACAUCGCCGUGGUCUACGCUUCUCCUCUUUUGACCAACCCCAAAAAACCUUGAGAGAUGGCACCCAAGAAAGCCAAGAGGAGGCAGCAGGCAGAGGGCGGCAGCUCCAACGUGUUCUCCAUGUUUGAGCAGAGCCAGAUCCAGGAGUACAAGGAGGCUUUCACAAUCAUUGACCAGAACAGGGAUGGUAUUAUCAGCAAGGACGAUCUGAGAGACGUGCUGGCCUCCAUGGGUCAGUUGAACGUGAAGAAUGAGGAGCUGGAAGCCAUGGUCAAAGAAGCCAGCGGCCCCAUCAACUUCACCGUCUUCCUCACCAUGUUUGGAGAGAAGCUGAAGGGUGCUGAUCCUGAGGAUGUUAUUGUGAGCGCUUUCAAAGUCCUGGAUCCUGAGGGUACCGGCGCCAUCAAGAAGGAAUUCCUUGAGGAGCUCCUGACCACCCAGUGCGACAGGUUUACCGCUGAGGAGAUGACCAACCUCUGGGCUGCCUUCCCUCCAGAUGUGGCUGGCAACGUAGACUACAAGAACAUCUGCUACGUCAUCACACAUGGAGAGGAGAAAGAGGAGGAAUAAAAUCACUCCGUCUACCGUCAUUCAUCUCUACCUCAUUACCACGUCACCAACUGUCAUUACUGCUGCUUCACGGCGCACCCGCAUUUUCGUUCUUCCCAUAGUCCAUCUGUUGUUUUUAAAGAAAGACUUAAAUGCUAAACUGGAGGACCGUUGGAGUUUGGAUAGUCUAAAUGUGAGUUGCAUGGAGCACAUGGGAUUAUAUUUAAUUAAACUAAUCAAAAAUAAUCAAAUCACAAUAAAUCCUUUCUGUCUGCCAGUAAAUUUCCGUUAAAAAAUUAAAUAAAUAAAAAAAGAAGGGGAGAUAUUAAAAGAGAAGGCAUGCCUCUAUAAUAGAGCAUCACUUUCUCUCUCCAUACCUCCCACUUGUUUUCUUGGAGAGACAGAAGGACUAGCUUGUUACUCUUCCAUUCCGAAGAUUCUUGAUUCAUGUCUCUGUCCCAAAUCACCUGUAACUCAAAAGUAAAAUAAAAACCUUUCAUAUUC